UACACCCUUUCGCUUCAUCCGUGUGCCCUAGUUUUCGUCUUCUAUAAUCAAGCUCAAUCCAUCGAUCAAGAAUCAAGAAAAUCGCCUAGAUUCUACUCAACAAUGGCCACUCUACGGCGCAUUAUCACUCAGGUUUCAAGUAUGCAGUUGAAUUAUGUGGCUGGAAGUUCUUGUUCCUCUAUUCAACGAUUUGGAGUAGGGAAAAUCUCCGGUCUUGUUCUUCAUCAAGGCACAAUACCAUCGCAAGUGGGAAUCAGUAAUUCUCUAAAGCAAUUCUCAACAAAUCCAAUAAUGAAAUCACUAAACCUAAAUUCCAAGCCCUCAACUCUAACUCUUACCAGUUCCUUCCAUUCUUCAAGUUUCAAACAAGAAACCUUUAAAAAGGACCUUCCAAGCAAUAAAAUGCUUGUCCACAGAAACAUAAGGGAUUACAAGCGUAGAUUACUUGUAGCCAAGUACGAACUAAGGCGAAACCUUUACAAAGCCCUUUGUAGAGAUCCAGAUCUUCCAAGCCAUGUUCGUGAGAGACAUCGUAUUAAACUGUCCAAAUUACCAAGAAACAGCUCCUCUACUCGGGUCAGGAACAGAUGCAUAUUUACAGGUAGGCCACGAGCAGUUUACGAGAAAUUUCGAAUGUCUAGGAUCGUGUUUCGUGAACUAGCUUCACGUGGUGAGCUUAUGGGCGUCAAGAAAGCAUCUUGGUAAGAUUCUAAACCAGGUAACUUUUCCAUCUUGUUUUUCAGACUAACAUUUGUUUUCUUGACAUUGUGUUUUUGCUUCAAGAAAUUGAUGCUAUUAUAAUGCUGUAAUUCAAUCUGAAAAGAAGAUUGUUUAAGUUAUAGACAUUGUUUUGUAAACUGUGUUUGUUUGUUUGUUUUGUUCAAUCUAUUUUUAAUUUAGUA